UGCAAAAUUUUCAAAAGUCAUUAAUCAGCUGUGAUUACGUGAACUGGAUUUUAUUUUUAGCGAGUGCAAAAUAUUGCCAAAAUCCUUAAAUUGUUUAAAAGGGGAUAAUGUUCCGUCACCCGUGUUCUCUGUGUACAAUUGCCCGUCGGGCAUAUACCCAGGCAGCAGGAGUGAAAACCCCACAAAGCUCCAGUAGCAGUGCCAGUGUCAAUGCUAAUGUGCCUGGCUUGAGCAGCAAAAUUGUAAAGCCAUCAUCUACACCAUUGGGUCCCGGCGCUUCUCACACUAGCGAAUAUAAGGUGCCAGAGUACUAUUCUUUCAACCGUUUUAGUUAUGCCGAAGCUGAAGUAGAAAUUGCAAAGUACCGUCUGCCACAACCCUCGGCAAACAAAAAGUAAAAUGUGUGGCCGUUGUGGGAAUUACGGAAAAAAUUGCGAAAAUAAAGUCUUAAUUAUUUAAAAUUAAA